AUGAAGUCCCUUACAACCCUUUUCAUGCUGACUGCCUCUACCGUCGCCGCUACCCUCACCAGUUCUUCUCCAAAGCACUUCCGCCUCAAGUCCAGCGGCGCCACCAACCAAGAGCACAACAACCUUUAUGUUUUCGCAUACCACACGGGCGCAGGCCUCAACGAUGCUGUCCUGACCAAGUAUGUAAAUAAUGCUAGUUCUGUUUGCUUGAAUGGCACAAAAGCCCUCUUCGACUUCGACACUAAAUCCCCUCGGGGAGUCGUCGCCACCGGCGACACCAAAUAUGCGUCCUGGGAUCCGAUCUUGGUUAACGCAGGCCAAGGAAGUAAUGGAUUCUCACUCAAGGGCAACAACUUCCAGUGGUCGGAAGCCAGCGGCUUCGGUGGAUGGCUCGUCUGCGACUGGUACCACAAUGCGCCCCAGCUGUUCUACUUGAACCGCUACUAUGACGCUACUAUCCCCAACAGCUGCAGCAAGAUCCAACUGAAGGCCGAAUACAUCAAAUAG